UCAAGUUCAGAGUGACGGGUGAGAGAGGGUGAGAGAGGGUGAGAGAGGGUGAGAGCCGAAGACACUCAGAGACUGAUGUUUAGUUAGAAGGAAAACAUUUGGACCACAACACCAGCUAAUGGAUACUGUUACAACAGCAGCAGAGUAUUUAGGCAACAAGUUCACUAAUGAGACUGAAACUCUGCCAUGGAUAAAGGUGUGCAGAGAUCAUGGAGGACGUUAAGAACAUCUAUUCCACCAUCAACAGGUCAAAGCAAGCUGUUCAAAAACCAAAUGAGGCACUAAAGCAGCCUUUCACCCCUUUGGACAACCUGAUCAACGGUGGGGAGGGUUCGCCCAGGAUGGCUUUCAGAAAGCAAAUCUAUGACUCAAACAGGACUGAAGCCGGGACCAAGCUGCCMACGUCUAACGGAGGCAACAUAAAGGACAAGAUUUCUCUGUGGGAGAACAAAGAAUCCACACUUACACCUCUCACGUCCAGUUUGAGCCGGAGCGGCAGCGCUAAACGGACAGAAAGCGACAAAACGGCGGACAAGCAGAGCGCCGACAGCUGUAGGAGAGGCUGCACAGAGAAACAGGAUGUCGGGAAAGAAAACUUGGAGAAGCCCGAGGUUUCGAGGCCUUGUUCACCUGCAGAACCUGGGAGGCGUGCAGCGAAUGAGAAAUCUAAGGAUGACCGGAGGCCCUGUUCUCCUCCAGCGAGUGAGAAGCAGCAGGUCGGGAGCAAAAGCCCGAAGAGAGCGACAGAACCGGCCGACGUCGAGAAGAGAGCAGUGUUCACGCUUUUUAGGAAGCUGGAGACGUUGGGCGAGAACCACCGGAAGGCGCCCGCGGAGCUCGGAAACUACUUCUGUCCGCCGGGCAAGGACAAGAAGGGCGAGCCCAAGAAAGAGGAAUCUGAAAGCCCGACUAGGGUUUCUGGGACACAAGAAGGAAAAGAGCAUCAGGAGAAAGUUUACACAGAACCAGGCACGCCCCCGAUCAACCCAGUCCCCAAACCACAACGUACCUUCCAGCACCCCGUGGGAAUAAAGCAGAACGGGGAGAGAAGAGGGCAACGAAACCUCCCGCCGCUGCCGUCCGUCUCCUCAAAAACAUCCUCGAAGCCGCCCUCAGGGUUCUACAGGAGACCCAGACCCGACAGGGUCCUGGACAGCAGAAGGUUGUUUGACUUUGAAGAGCUUGGAGGGUCAAGCAGCCCCCUCUUUACCCGCUCCCUGUCUCAGGAACAUCAUUAUGAAGACAUACUGGACUCGUCCAAUGAGAACCCAUACGAGGACAUAGAGCUGGACAGUCAGUGCUCACAGCAGUCGGUACCAUCAUCUCCUGGUGCCGAUACCACCAAGGGAUCAAGACCGGGUUUCUUCAGGCAGAAUUCAGGCCGGAGCUUUAAGCUACUGGACUCAAAGAGAACCAACCCAAGUACAGGAAGUGGCGUCUCRUCCCCGGCCCAGCUCAGCCCUCCAUCCACCCCCAACGAGCCCGAGCACAACCCAUGGCUCCCUGGAGACCCCUACAGCCGCACCUGCCGCAGGAUCCCAACGGCUGUGCUGAGGAUCAACAGCAUAUUUGAGGCUCGGACCAGGAAAAAGCUUCUGAGGAGGAGCUAUCAUUACACAGAGACAAGUUCAGGAAGAGUAACAGAUGAUUACAGCGAUUCUGAGAGUGAAGCAGAAGACAGAUUUAAAGCCCGUUCUUUACCGCGGCAGCUGAAGUCAAAGGUCAACUACAUCUGCUCCAAAGCCAGAAACUUACCCGUGAAAAAGGAUCUCCACCAGCGAGAGCUUUUUGAGUAUUUCCUGGUCGUGUCGCUGCAGAAGUCGAAGGCCGGCGGCCGGUAUCUGCCGAAAGUCACGCAGCAGUUUCCUCCUAAGCUAGAGCGAAGCUUCAAGUUCAUGAGGGAGACAGAAGACCAGCUGAGGAUCAUUCCUCAGUUCUGCUUCCCUGACGUGAAGAACUGGGAGCCUGUGGAAAGCUAUCCAAGCGAGAUGUUCUCCUUUGUUUUGACCGGAGAGGACGGGAGCAGGAGGUUCGGGUACUGCCGGCGUCUACUGCCCAGUGGAAAAGGCCGACGUCUGCCUGAGGUGUAUUGCAUCGUUAGUCACCUCGGCUGCUUCAACUUGUUCUCAAAGGUGUUAGACGAGGUGGAGAGGCGGCGGGCCUUGUCUCCCGCUCUGGUGCAGCCGUUCAUGAGAGCGAUCAUGGAAGCCCAGUUUCCAGCUCCGGGCAGAACAAUCAACAUCAAAACAUUUCUCCCUGGCUCUGGCACCGAGGUGAUGGAGCUUUGUCGGCCCCCCGACUCUCGCCUGGAGCACGUGGACUUUGAAUGCCUGUUCUCCUGUCUGAGUCUGCGCCUGCUCCUCAGGGUUUUUGGCUGUCUGCUGCUGGAGAGACGAGUCAUCUUCACCGCCAAUAAGCUCAGCACACUCUCACAGAUCUGCCACGCGGUGGUGGCGCUGCUUUAUCCCUUCGUGUGGCAGCACACCUACAUCCCCGUGCUGCCGUCGGCCAUGCUGGAUAUCGUCUGCACCCCGACCCCGUUCAUCGUGGGCCUGCUGUCGGCCUCCCUGCCUCAGCUGAAGGAGCUGCCCCUGGAGGAGGUUCUCGUCGUGGACAUUGAAAACAAUCGAUUUCUCAGACAGUUAGACGACGAGGACUCCAUCCUGCCUUUCAAGCUUCAGUCAGCCMUGGAAAACGUCCUGGAGAGGAGGAGAGAGCUCGCCGGUGAGCGAGGAGCCGAUACGAGCGACUUGGGUCAACUCAGCACCRUCGUGUCCGAGUGCUUCGUUCGCUUCUUCGUAGAGUUGGUGGGACACUAUCCGCUCUUCAUCACUGGCGAGCGAGAGGAUGGCUACUCUUCCUCGUCCUCCUCCUCUCCGGCUUUCUGCUCCUUCCAGCGUGACGGUUUUCGGAAAGCCAUCCCAUCCAAGACCGUCCGCCGCUUCCUGGAGGCCUUCAUGGAGACCCAGAUGUUCGACUGCUUCAUCCAGGAGAGGGAGCUCUCCAGGCAGGCCCCGAGAGGACUCUUUGAGGUGAGGGUCCAGGAGUAUUUGGACUCUAUCCGUGAGAACGAACACCGGAGGGUCAACAGGUUUUUGUUAACCUUGGGAAACAAAAUGAAAUUCCUUUCCAAGAAAUAACAGAAAGAGGAACACUUYGUUGCCUGCUGAUUCAUCAAAUCAAUUAAUAAUCUAAUGGUAUUUUUAUUAAAACAGUGUUUAUUAAUGAUAGUCUGUGUUUGGUUGAUUUAAUAAAUGGCUACACCAGCCAAAAA